GAGACGAAAAGGGGGGAACCUGAAAGAGGUACGGUUUACGGGGAUCGAAGUUUUUCCACACUUCGAAGCAAUGUGCUGGAAGCGGCGAUUAUUAGUUGUUUAAUGGCUAAAAGUAACGUUCGCUGUAUCACGUUUAUUGUUUAUGGGUGUUUUCAUUUUUGUCGUGGCGUGACUGAAGGAGUUCAGAGGAAGGUCGUUGAAAAAGCUAUCCGCGUUUUUUCCUUUUCCUGCAUGAAUCCAAAGGAGUUCCUGGGGAUGUGUUCAUGUUUUUAUUCGUACGUCUUAAAAGGUGUUCUUGCUGUGAUACUGCGAAGAAGUGGGAAUACUUGGGAGGUGCAUAACCACUCAAUCAGCGACCUGUGGAUUACAGCAAGAUAGCCAACUCGAUCCCAUUACUAUAACUAGUUCAUGUUAGCUAGUUAGGUUAUUGGGUUGAUAGACAUUCGGCUAAAAACAACUGGGGAUUUUUUGGGGAAAGAAGAGGACACAUAUUUCGACAUUACUAAGCAUUUAAAAAUGUUUUUUUGGUUUAUUAUAUGAAAAUACGGUCUCUGAGUGUUUUACCAAAAGCACGACCGCCCAUAGCUAAUUCCAUGUAUUUUCAACAUUGUAACCUCUUUUGUCGUGGAAUGAGUCCGUAGUUAGUAUCCCGACUUGUUCCUCUUUACUAGUUUAGUUUGCACUGUGGGAUUUAUUUUUCUCGAAUCGGAAUACUUUUUAUAUAGAACAGAUGAAAGUGACCUAUCCCUUAUAAUUGUGGAGAAAAUGAAGCUUUUUAUUCGCAAAUGUAACGCCAGAACCCAAGAUCACGUUAUUUAGUGGUCAUUUGUUUCAGGGAUAAUCCAAAAUCACCAAAAUUAGCUGAGAAGAUAUCAAGAUAACGUUACAACCACAUUGGACCCCCCCGGCCCCUUUUGAAGGGGGGCUAACUGGACUAGUUCUCGUCUCUUUUUUUUUGAAUAUUUGUUUUGUGUUUUCAUUUCUUAGAAACACAUUUUUUUUUAAACAAACUUUGGAUAUCUUCAAAACAACCCCCACGUUUUUGGAUGCACUAAAAAUAAGAGAAAAAAAUCGAAGUCACAAUGCGGCUUGGGACCUCAGCGGCUGUUUUGGUUACUUUUAUCUACAUGGUGUGUCAUGGUGGGCUAACACAUGGAGAAAUCUGUCAGAGUAAAGACAUCCGUAACAACGUGACCAACCUGCAGCUGUUAGAGAACUGCACGGUGAUCGAGGGCCACUUGAAGAUCCUCCUCAUGUUCAAGACUGAGGACUUUAGGGGAAUCCGCUACCCUAAGCUGACUGUGGUCACCGACUUCCUCCUCCUGUUCAGGGUCUACGGUCUGGAAUCCCUCAGCGACCUGUUCCCCAACCUGACGGUGAUCCGAGGCAACAACCUGUUCUUCAACUACGCCCUGGUUCUGUUUGAGAUGGUGCACCUGAAGGAGUUGGGGCUCCACAGCCUCAUGAACAUCACUAGAGGUGCCGUGAGGUUGGAGAAGAACCCGGACCUCUGCUACCUCUCUACCCUGGACUGGUCCAAGAUUCUGGACACGGUGGAGGACAACUACAUCGUGUCCAAUAAGAACAACCAGGAGUGUGGGGACGUGUGUCCUGGCACGGCCCAGGGGAAGACCACCUGCUCACAGACCACCAUCAACGGGCAAUUUGGAGAGCGCUGCUGGACUCAGAACCACUGCCAGAGAAUGUGUCCCUCCACCUGUAAACAUCGGGCCUGUACCCAACAUGGCCACUGCUGCCACGACCAGUGCCUGGGAGGUUGCUCGGAGGCAGGCAACGCCAGCCGCUGUGUGGCAUGCCAAAAGUUCCAGCACCAGGACACCUGUGUGGACCGCUGUCCCCAGGGAUACUACACCUUCAAGGGCUGGCGCUGCGUCUCUCUCUCCUUCUGUCAGGACCUCCACAACCAGUGCAAGAACGGGAAGGGCAACGACUGCCAUGAGUACGUCAUCCACAACGGAGCCUGCAUCCCAGAAUGCCCCUCAGGAUAUACCACCAUCAACUCUACUAGGUUGAACUGUACUCCGUGCGCGGGCCUGUGUCCUAAGAUGUGUUCGGGGGUGAAGAUCGUAGACUCUGUGACAGCAGCCCAGGCUCUUAGAGGAUGCACUGUGCUCAACGGUAGCCUGGUUAUCAAGAUCCGUGGAGGAAAUAACAUAGCCGCAGAGCUGGAGGCUAACCUGGGUCAACUGGAGGAGAUCACAGGCAACCUGACCAUCAAGAGAGCCUAUGCCCUUGUCUCUCUCUCCUUCCUCCGCAAGCUACGCAUCAUCCGGGGAGAGACGCCGACCCAAGAUGGGAACUACUCGUUCUAUGCUUUGGACAACCAGAACCUGCGUCAGCUGUGGGACUGGAACAAACACAACCUCACCAUCCUCCAGGGACGCAUGUUCUUCCUUCACAACUCCAAGCUGUGCAUGUCUGAGAUCCGCAAGAUGGAGGUGGUGACAGGCACUAAGGAGAGAGGCAUCAAGAAUGAAAUCGGCAGGACCGAUGGAGACCAGGCCUCCUGUGAGACCCAGUUCCUGAAUUUCACCACGGUGCGCACACAGUCGGACAAGAUCCUCCUCAAGUGGGAACCCUUCUGGCCGCCAGACUAUAGAGACCUACUGGGCUUCAUGGUCCUCUACAAAGAGGCACCUUAUAAGAACGUGACAGAGUUUGAUGGCCAGGAUGCGUGCGGCUCUAACAGCUGGGUGAUAGCUGACGUCGACCCUCCACCCCGGGCCACGGAGGGGAAAGACCAGGCGGAGCCUGGCUUCCUCAUCCAUCCUAUGAAGCCCUGGACCCAGUACGCCAUCAUGGUCAAGACCCAGCUCUCCGCCUCAGACGAACACCAGGUCCUCGGGGCCAAGAGCGAAAUCAUCUACGUCCGCACCAAUGCCACCAAGCCGUCCGUGCCACUGGACCCCAUCUCCUCGUCCAACUCGUCCUCUCAAAUCAUCCUGAAGUGGAAACCUCCCACAGAUCCCAACGGGAACAUCACUCACUACCUGGUGUACUGUCAGCAGCAGCCCGAGGACAGCGACCUCUACAAGUUCGAUUACUGUCAGAAAGGAAUGAAGUUGCCGUCGCGGGCUCCUACCCACCUGGACACUGAAGAGGAACAGAAAUGGAACCAAACAGACGAGCCUGGGCCAGGGAGCCGCUGCUGUUCCUGCCCCAAAACAGAGACCCAGCUCAAGAAGGAGGCCGAUGAGUCUGAGUACCGCAAGACUUUUGAAAACUACAUCCACAACGAAGUGUUUGAACCCAGACCGUCUCGUCGGCGCCGCUCGGUGGGUGUGGCCAACGCCACCCUGCCUCCCUUCCUGACCACUCCCCCCACCCUGCCCAACGCGUCGACCACGCCCAGCCCAGAGGGCGAGGGGGCGGAGGGCUCCAAGGUGACACUUGUGGUGUUCGCCAAGGAGUCAACCGUCAUCUCCAACCUGCGCCACUUCACCAGCUACCAGAUAGAGAUCCAUGGUUGUAACCACCCCUCGGACUCCCAACGCUGCAGCAUGGCCACUUACGUCAGCGCACGCACCAUGCCAGAGGAGAAAGCUGAUGACAUUGUGGGCCAGGUGAGCCAUGAGAUUGUGUUGGAGAACCCAGACUCUGUCCACAUCAAGUGGCUGGAACCCAAAGCCCCCAACGGCAUGAUCAUCCUGUACGAGAUCAACUACAGGAGGAUAGGAGACCCUGAGGAGCUGCAUCACUGCGUGUCCAGGAAGACCUACGCCCAGAUCGGAGGCUGCAGGCUUCGUGUGGUGCAUCCUGGGAACUACACUGUGAAGAUCCGUGCCACCUCGCUGGCAGGGAAUGGCUCCUGGACUAAACCCACCUAUUUCUUCAUGCCCGACAAGGACAUUGUUUCACUGAACAUUAUCAUUGGCCCAGUCAUCUGCUUCAUCCUGUUGCUCUUCGUGGGAGGCGGAGUCUUCAUGGUCUAUAAGAAAAAACAAAUUGAGGGACCCACUGGACCUCUGAUCGCCUCGUCCAACCCGGAGUACCUGAGCGCUAGCGACGUAUACAUACCGGAUGACUGGGAGGUGGCGAGGGAAAAGAUCAACAUCCUCAAGGAGCUGGGUCAGGGCUCGUUUGGCAUGGUCUACGAGGGCGUCGCCAAGGACAUCGUGAAGGGCGAGCCGGACACGCGCGUGGCAGUGAAGACGGUCAACGAGUCGGCCAGUCUGAGAGAGAGGAUAGAGUUCCUCAACGAAGCCUCCGUCAUGAAGGCCUUCAGCUGCCACCACGUGGUGCGUCUGCUGGGUGUGGUGUCUAAGGGCCAGCCGACUCUGGUGGUGAUGGAGCUGAUGACCCACGGGGAUCUGAAGAGCUUCUUGCGGGCCCUCCGUCCAGACUCGGAGAGUAACCCCACAGGGAAGCCCCCUCCCACACUGAAGGAGAUGAUCCAGAUGGCGGGGGAGAUAGCAGACGGCAUGGCCUACCUCAACGCCAAGAAGUUUGUCCACAGAGAUCUGGCUGCCAGGAACUGCAUGGUGGCUGAGGACAACACCGUCAAGAUAGGAGACUUUGGUAUGACCCGAGAUAUCUACGAGACUGACUACUACCGCAAGGGAGGGAAGGGUCUACUUCCUGUCAGGUGGAUGGCUCCUGAGUCGCUCAAAGACGGAGUGUUCACCGCACAUUCAGACUGCUGGUCGUUUGGCGUGGUGUUGUGGGAGGUCAGUACCCUGGCAGAGCAGCCGUACCAGGGCCUGUCCAAUGAGCAGGUCCUCAAGUUCGUCAUGGACGGAGGAUACCUGGACAGACCAGAGAACUGUGAACAGAGGAUCCACAACCUGAUGUCUAUGUGCUGGCAGUACAACCCCAAGAUGCGUCCCACCUUCCAGGAAAUCAUCGAGAUGUUAAAGGAGGACCUUCACCCCAGUUUCCAGGAGGUGUCCUUCUUCUACAGCGAGGAGAACAAGCCCCCGGAGACGGAGGAGUUUGACUUGGACCUGGAGAACAUGGAGAGCAUCCCACUGGACCCGUCGUCCUACUCCCAGAGAGAGGACAGAGACAGUCUGUCCAGAGAUGAGGGACCUAGUCAAGGCCUAAGGGGCAACUACGAGGAACACGUGCCCUACACGCACAUGAACGGUGGCAAGAAAAACGGACGAAUCUUAUCGUUGCCCAGAUCCAGCCCUUCCUAACAUUUUCUCUUCUUUUCAGCUCCUUUGAUUCUGUCGUUUUCUAAUUUUUUAUUUUUUAUUGUAUUACUCUUUCAGAAGCCCUUCAAAAAAACACAAAAAAAAACAGAUCUCAGGACUUUUUUUUUCAUUUCUUCCUCACAGCUGCCAAACAUGGCGGCACAGGAUGCAAACGUUUUGGUAUAUGUUGAGACAUUUUCGCAUUUAUCCAGAAUCAUCUACUACAACUUUCUACUCUCUUUAUUUUGUUUUUCACAAUUGCCAAGUUUCCAGGACUGGUCGCUGGGGGGAAAAAAAAAAAAAACUGUGAACACACAGCUUAAAGAACCAUAAGGCUGCUCCAGACCUCUCCUCUCUUCGUCUCUCUCUCUUCUCUCUGUCUCUCUCUCUCUGUCUCUCUCUGUCUCUCUCUCUCUGUCUCUCUCUCUCUCUGUUCCUCUCCUCUCUGUCUCUCUCUCUCUCUCCAGGCUGUCCCAUCUCUCCUCCAUUCUCCUGUUUCGUUUUCAAGUGAAAAUGUUUUCAGAUAGUGGCCUUUUUAUAUGUGGCUUAUAAACAAAGAGAAGUGUAUCAAUGCUUGUGUUCUUUUCCUUUGAACAAUGACUAAACAGUUUGGAAUUGUGGGACGGCAUAGACUCUCUCCUAGAACAAAUGUCUAUUUGUAGAGGAACAUUUUUUUCCUUUUUUUUCUGCAGAAUACUAAACUUCACAGAUUAUUGUGGUGUUUGGUGAAUAGUUGUAAUUUAUUCGCUUUUUUUUUUUGUCUCAUCUCUUUGUUUUAUUUCUGUGUCCUCGUUAUGGCUGAAGGAUAUUUAAACAGUUAAAGUUGGACAAAACAGUUCCUUCGACUGACCAAUAGCUGCUGCUUUGAUAUAUUUUAGUGGGUAUAGAAUAUAUAUAUAUAUAGAAUAUACAGUACCAGUCAAAUGUUUGGAGACACCUACUCAUUCCGGGGAUUUUCUUUAUAUUUACUAUUUUCUACAUUGUUGAAUAAUAGUGAAGACAUCAAAACUAUGAAAUAACACACAUGGAAUAAUGUAGUAACCAAAAAAGUGUUAAACAAUUCAAAAUAUAUUUUAUAUUUGAGAUUCUUCAAAGUAGCCACCCUUUGCCUUGAUGACAGCUUUGCACACUUGUCAUUCUCUCAACCAGUUUCAUGAGGAAUGCUUUUCCAACAAUCUUGAAAGUGUUCCCACAUAUGCUGAGCAGUUGUUGGCUGCUUUUUCUUCACUCUGCGGUCCAACUCAUCCCAAACCAUCUUAAUUGGGUUGAGGUCGGAUGAUUGUGAAGGCCAGGUCAUCUGAUGCAGCAUUCCAUCACUCUCCUUCUUGGUCAAGUAGCCCUUACACAGCAUGAGGUGUGUUUGAGGUCAUUGUCCUGUUGAAAAACAAAUGAUAGUCCCACUAAGUGCAAACCAGAUGGGAUGGCGUAUCGAUGCAGGAUGCUGUGGUAGCCAUGCUGGUUUAGUGUGCCUUGAAUUCUAAACAAAUCACUGACAGUGUCACCAGCAAAGCACCAUCACACCACCACCUCCAUGCUUCACGGUGGGAACCACACAUGCGGAGAUCAUCUGUUCACCUGCUCUGCGUCUCACAAAGACACGGCGGUUAAAACCAAAAAUCUCAAAUUUGGACUCCUCAGACCAAAGGACAGAUUUCCACUGAUCUAAUGUCCAUUGCUCAUGUUUAUUGGCCCAAGCAAGUCUCUUCUUCUUAUUGGUGUCCUAUAGUAGUGCUUUCUUUGCAGCAAUUUGACCAUGAAGGCCUGAUUCACGCAGUCUCCUCUGAACAGUUGAUGUUGAGAUGUGUCUCUUACUUGAACUCUGUAGCAUUUAUUUGGGCUGCAAUCUGAGGCUGGUAACUCUAAUGAACUUAUCCUCUGCAGCAGAGGUAAGUCUGGGUCUUCCUUUCCCAUGAUGGUCCUCAUGAGAGCCAGUUUCAUCGUAGCGCUUGAUGGUUUUUGCAACUGCACUUGAAGAAACUUUAAAAGUUAUUGAAAUUUUCCUUUUUGACUGACCUUCAUGUCUUAUAAUGAUGGACUGUUGUUUCUCUUAUUUGAGUUGUUCUGUUACCAAAUAGGGCUAUCUUCUGUAUACCACUCCUACCUUAUCACAACAUAACUGAUUGGCUCAAACUCAUUAAGAAGGAUAGAAAUUCCACAAAUGUACUUUUAACAAGUCACAAUUAUUAAUUGAAAUGCAUUCCAGGUGACUACCUCAUGAAGCUGGUUGAGAGAAUGCCAAGAGUGUGCAAAGCUUUCAUCAAGGCAAAGGGUGGCUACUUUGGACAAGGUCAAAUAUAACAUAUAUUUUGAUUAACAGAAAUGUUUGGUACGGUAUUCCAUAUGUGUUAUUUAAUAGUUUUGAUGUCUUCACUAUUAUUCUACAGUUUAGAAAAUAGUUUUUUAUUUUUUUUUUAUUUAAAAACUCUGAAAUCAGUAGGUGUGUUCAAACUUUUGACUGGUUUUGUAUAUAGUAUAUAUGGAAUAUUGUUUUGUUUUUAAUAUCAAUAUUUUAUAUAUAAUAUAUACAAUAUUUAUGUUCUUGUAAAUAGUUGAUGUUUAAUGUUUUCAUCUGAGGCUUUCCUGUAAGAUAUUAUUUUUCUUAUUUUAUUCUUAAUGUUUCUAACCCUGGAAAUGACACUAAUAGAUGCUCUGUGUCUUAGACCGUCACAUACUUCUCUGUCCAACCCACAGGAGAACCCAGUUCUCCUCGGCAUCAAAGGGCAGCCCACCAUUUUAGAAAAAUCAUGGCAUCUUUCAAAUGCUGUUCUUCGGUCAGUGGAAGAGUUUGGGUGGUAAAUCUGCUCCAACUGAAACUCCUUGGUUUCCUGUCUGUUGUAUUUUUGGUCCGAUAGAACUAUGGUCUAGACGUCAUGUUAUCUGUUGUUGAACAUUGAUGUGACUAUGUUAAUUUCUCUUAACUAUGGUUGAUCAUUAACGAUCUAUUGAUUGGUUGGUAUUAUCAGUGGGGCUAGAGAUGUGAUGUCUGCUUUCUUGGACAGACCGCUCUUCUUGUCCUGUGACGAUUGUGCUUCAUUGUCGUCUUCUAUUGGUAGGGGCGUUUGUAGGGUUGUAGGUCAGAGGAGACUCAUCUAUUUGAUCUAUAGCCAGCCUGAGCUGACUGGAGAUUGGGGCAGAAGCCUAUACAGGUGGAUGUAUGACAAGGGCCCGUAGCAUCAGUUCUUGAGAGAGAGAUCCCCUGCAGUACUUUGUAUUUUACCUUUAUUUAACUAGGCAAGUCAGUUAAGAACAAAUUCUUAUUUACAAUGACGGUCUAGGAACAGUGGGUUAACUGCCUGUUCAGGGGCAGAACGACAGAUUUUUACCUUGUCAGCUCGGGGAUUCGAUCUUGCAACUUUUCGGUUACUAGUCCAACGCCCUAACCACAAGGCUACCUGCCGCCCCGUGGGCUACCUGGCAUCAUCUCUACUCUUUCACAGCCCUGUGUACUCAUACGUCUAGGUUCGUUCUGACCCUACCAUCACCCUUCACCCCCCCACACACACACACACACACAUAACAACAGAAAGUUCUGACAGCCUAUUGGCUGUCCUGCUCGCUGACACAGGAAGGAGGUCACAAUCAGGCUGCUGUUGGAAUUUUCCGUGUUACUGUGGUUGAGUGCUUUUGAUCGGAACGUUCUGGAAAGUUCCUAUUGCAUUCCGAGACUACAGCAGGCGGCAGAGAGAGGGAGAGAGAGAAGAGCCGUUCGACGGUGUAUGUGUUGGGGUUAGUGGAGCGAAGCUGGGGUGGUGGUGGUGGUGGUGGUGAGGGAGGCUGUAACUAUUAAUCCUAUUACAUCCCCUCUAUCACACGUAGUGUUUGAGUCAGGAAAUGCUGUACGUACCCCCCCGACAUUCCGCUAUCGACGAUGUGGUCCGUGGCGUUCUAUUAGGCCUCGCCGUGUGCCCGUUUAUUCACAACCCUUUCUCCCUCCCUAAAUGUAGAAGAUAUUGAACUCAAUCCCUUUACCUGCCACUUUAGAAGACAUCACACCACAGUUUUUCAUUUUGUGACCUUUCGCUCCAAUAUCUAAAGAUGGGUCAUGAAGUUGUUAACUUCUGUCCGGGUACAGUCAUAUUGCUAUGUUCCAAACAGACAUCACAACAUUCCUGUCAGCUUUUCCCAGCACAAGACUAAGUCCUGAUUUAAAAAAAAAUAAAAAUAAUAAUAAUAGUAAUAAUUAAAAGUCCACACACACAAUCACAUAGAAUGUAUGUCUAUCUGAUGGAAACCACACAUUGGUGUUAACGACAGAGGUUGAUUGAGAAGUGUCUACAUAGCAUUUCAAUGAGAAGCACAAAUAACCCGAUCAUUAGUGGUUUACACACAUUUAUCCCUCCCUCUAGCCUAAGGCAGCGAUACUCAUUGUCUGUUGUCAGAAGCAUCAAUAAGGGACAGAAAAACACACUGGAGCUAAAGGGCAAGUCAAUCUGGUCUGCAUUCAUCCACUCAGCACUUUGACCCUAGUGUUUAGAGCUCAGUGUAAUGGGCCUGAUGUUAUUAAACCAAACCCGCCCAUUCAUCAUCACCCAGUUAUCUCUGCUAACCCGUCUGCCUGUGUCUGAGAUGGUGGAACCGUUACCUCGUCAGACUCCACCCAGUGCCUUCUCGACCAACCACAGACCAGAGAGAUGGAUGUACAUUUGUACAGACUGUUUGUUUGACACACACACACACACACACACACACACACAGCAUCAUACCGUGACAAGAAUGCGAUCACAAUAUAGAAUCCCACGAGGUCCAACUCAAACGGCAAGUUUUCACUCCCAUGUUAAGUCAGUCAUCUUUACAACCAAGUAGAUGAAUCCCCACGUGUGUGUGUGUGUGUGUGUGCAUAUUAGACAGAUGGAGAGAAAUAUGACUCUUAGAUGGGAGCUAAAUCCAUACGCGUAAAUACCAAGUUGUGUUUAGAGAUGACGAGGUGUUUAGAGAUGUUGGAAAAGAUAUGACCGUUGCUACUUAAAGUUCUAUCUAUCUGUUGCCAUGGGGAACUUCGGGCUAGUGGGAGGGCUUUGUGGGAAAGAUGUUGGUCUGUUGUAAAGGUUUGAAUGGCAAGUCCACAGAUUACUAAUGGCGCUCCAAGUUGAAACUGUUAAAACCACCAUUUUGAUUCUCGACAAUUCAAGAUGUUAAAAAAUAUAUAUAUCUCUUCCAAUCUUUUGCUGGGAGUCUGUCUCUCUACAUAUGACCAGUCCAGAUAGUUAAAUGGUGGGUGUUUAUCUCUACAUAUGACCAGUCCAGAUAGUUAAAUGGUGGGUGUUUAUCUCUACAUAUGACCAGUCCAGAUAGUUAAAUGGUGGGUGUUUAUCUCUACAUAUGACCAGUCCAGAUAGUUAAAUGGUGGGUGUUUAUCUCUACAUAUGACCAGUCCAGAUAGUUAAAUGGUGGGUGUUUAUCUCUACAUAUGACCAGUCCAGAUAGUUAAAUGGUGGGUGUUUAUCUCUACAUAUGACCAGUCCAGAUAGUUAAAUGGUGGGUGUUUAUCUCUACAUAUGACCAGUCCAGAUAGUUAAAUGGUGGGUGUUUAUCUCUACAUAUGACCAGUCCAGAUAGUUAAAUGGUGGGUGUUUAUCUCUACAUAUGACCAAAUCACCAUAUCUUUAAGAAAUUAUAGAUAAUUCAUAUUUUAUUUAUUUUAUUAUGAUCGUUGUCAUUGUACAAAAAAAAAACCCGGUUUAGCUUUUUAGUCAAACCUUUUUUUAAAUGUUGAAAGUCAGGUAAAAAAAAACAAAGACUAUUUUGUUAACAGUAGAGCUAUAAAUGUCAGAAUGAGUUGGUUGUUGUCUGGUCUGUGUGUUUGACCACAGUCUACCUCAGGCGUUUUGGAGGAAUCACUACAGCAUCUCUCUCCGUAUAUCAGUCGUUAUCUCUGCAGCCCAAUCAGAGGACCGGGACACUGCCCACCCGUGACCACUGCUGUGACAGCAUCAUACCGUAACAAGCUUCCGAUCACAAUAUAGAAUCCUACGAGGUCCAACUCAAACGGCAAGUUUUCACUCCCAUGUUGAGUCAGUCAUCUUUACAACCAAGUAGAUGAAUCCCCAGUGUAGUGUAAAGCACAACCUCAAAGGGGUUUUAAACAUUGCCACAAACUCUUGAUUUAAGUAGUAAUGUUAGCUGUUAUUGGAAGGUGUCAAUCGGGCCAGAAUGUGGUGUUAUGGCUACAACCUAUUUGACUGGUGAUUAUCAUGCACAAAAGGUUAGGUUCCUGCUCCAUUUAUUUGCAUAGAAGUGCAGAAUCCCCAAGCAUCAGGUUUGGUUUGAUGUCCUUUUGAAAUGAACAGUUUUCUAGUUUAACAUACCCACUUAGCUAUCUGAUAGUUGCUCUACUUAUCUACAUACAUUGUUUUAGUGAAGACUUGAUUCAUUUGAGCUUUUUUUUUGUUGGUGAAAUUCUGCAUCAAGACCGAGUCGUCCACAUCAUGAAUGCAUAUCUCUUUGAUCACAUACAUACAGCCAAAGUCUUCUAUAGCUCAUGUCUUGGUCACGCUGCUCAUCAUGGACAGAAUAGAUGAUCUCCUCAGUGGUUGGUUUUUGGUGGGUGGAGGUGUAUCUCUCCUGUGUUCCUUGUCUGCUCAAGUCAGUAAAAUAUGGGACGGCAUUCAGGCUUGAGGCUAUACGUUUAUUUGUUUGUUUUUUAUUACAUUUUAUGUAUCUUCCAGAAGUGUUUUUUAUUUUAAUUUCUCUGUUGUCAGUUUGCAUUUAUGUUGUAUGUAUUAUUUUUCUACUGUGAAAAUAUGUUAUUAUAUCAACGCCACCGGUUGCGGUCUGUGUGGACGCUUGCAUACCUCCGCUGGUUAAAGGACUGUUCCCUGAGAGAGCUGGACAAUCCUGUGUGCCAUAAUAAACAGAAACAAGUAUUGGAGAUUGUAACUUCUCGGGGAGGCAUGAGUUGUGCGGGUGUGUUUGAUGGUGGAAAGAAGCUACCUGACUGACCUGUCUGACCUGAAGUUGAAAUUAUCUUUUUUGGGGGGGGGGGCAGCAAGUUGUCAACAAACAAACAACUGACCCUUUGUGAAUCAAUAUUUUUUUCAGCUCUUCAAGUUUAUGGACAUGAUGAUUAAAUGAAUGCUUGUUAUCGUUGUGAUCUGUGGUGUUCACUGCCACCAGCUGGCUGGAUGUGAAAGUGUAGCAGCUGGACCGGCGCUCGUAGCCAGGGCUCUGUCCCAUAGUGCCUUGCUCAGACUGACCGCCCUCCUCCCUCCUGACUAUACAGCCAGCCAGACCCUCAGUGCCCUGGACUGGACUAGUCUGGACUAUUCUGGACUAGUCUGGUCUGGAAUGCUCUGGACUAGACUAGUCUGCUCUGGACUGGACUGGACUGCUCUGGACUGGACUGGUCUGGACUGGACUAGACUGCCCUAGGACUGGACUGCUCUGGACUGGACUAGACUGCCCUGGGACUGGACUGGUCUGGACUGGACUAGACUGCCCUAGGACUGGACUGGUCUAUACUAGACUAGACUGCCCUGGGACUGGACUGGACUAGACUGCCCUGGGACUGGACUGGUUUAUACUAGACUAGACUGCUCUGGACUGGACUGGACUAGACUGUCUCCUCUCCUUGCUCAUCACCAAUAGUCAAGGACUUAAACCCCUAACGAACCCCCACAGCAGGAGAAUACUGGAGUAUCAACACAUGAUGUAUUCUAAGACAGGAGAGAGGGGUCCUUCCGUAACCCAUGGCUCCAGUCAGGGGGUAACACGUCCAGCUUGGCUGGAUUGAUGAUUCAUCAUAUUAUACUGUGUUGGGAUAAUUAUGUCAACGAUAUUCAUGGUUUAACUAAAAAUGUUGAACUUUUUUGUCUCUACUACUGGGGCGAAGCUCUGACUUGUUUUGUGCAUGAAUCCAAACCCCAAGCUGAUAGUUUGUUAAUUUGAUGCUAAUAGAAUUGUGUAUCUCGGCCAACUCGCUUUGUUGAUUAAAACACAACACCCAAAGCACAUGGGAUCAUCUAUAAUUAGCAACAAUUGAAUGCACGACAUGGGAGAAUAGAACUCCCAUUUUUAAAAUGCAUACUGUUAAUUUUGUAUUAAAACUAAUCAAAACUUUUAACUGUAAAUAGAGGCAGAGAUCCCUGAAAAAAAUAUAAGCACUUGAUUUAGGAAAAUGUAGUUUUAGUUUAAACUCUGAUAACCUAAACAUGCGGUUUGCCAGGCGGUUUGCCAGAGCACGCUGGUGAUCCAGCAGCAGAGUAACCAUCAUUCUGUGUAUUGUUUCAAAAUUAAAUAAAAAAAAAAGUAUUACAUUUAGAGAUGUUGAUUAAAUAUUUUAAAUUUUGUGCCAAAAUAGAGGGCAAAUACAAUUACUUUUCUGACUGUAAACAUUUACUACUCUUGUACAUGAUUGAAUUUUAACAUUGUUAUCAAUGUAUAUAACUUUUUCUAAAUAAAAAAAUCAACAUUU